AUGGUUGAACGGCCGGCCAUUGCAAUUGCAGGUCUUGCGUGCGAGACUUCGAUUUUCACACCCUCCAGAACGCUGGCGCCUGCUUUCCAUGCCAAACGUGGCCACGAAAUCAUCGAGAAAUAUCCCUUCAUUAGGAAAGAUGCCUCCCUCGGGAAGACCGCAGACUGGCAUGGAGCUCUGAUUGGUCAUGCGCUGCCAGGAGGGAUUGUAACGCGUGCCUGUUUCGAAGAGCUGGCUGGCGAGAUCAUAGAUCGGCUUCGAGCGAUUGUGUCAUCGACCACUAUCCAUGGUCUCUGGUACGACAUCCAUGGCGCCAUGUGCGUUGAAGGCAUUGAUGACUCUGAGGCAGAGCUCCUCCACCGCAUUCGACAGGUUAUUGGCCAUGACGUGGUGGUGUCAGCAUCCAUGGACUUACAUGGCAACGUGAGUCGUGAACUUGUGCACCAGACUGAUCUCAUCACUUGUUACCGCACUGCACCGCAUAUCGAUGUGCAUGAGACGAAGGAGCGAGCUUGCAGAAACCUUGUCGAGCUGCUUACAAAGUCCCCAGUUGGAAAGAGAGCUGGUAUUUGUCCUGUGCUGCCUAUCAAAGUAUGGAUUCCCAUUCCGGUUUUGCUUCCAGGCGAGCAGACUUCGACCCAAAUUGAACCAGCAAAACACAUUUUCGCUGCAGUUCCUGGUGCUGAGUCAAAGCGAGGUGUCAUUGAUGCCGCAAUCUGGGUUGGGUAUCCCUGGGCAGACGAGCCACGGAACCGUGCUGUUGUUGUGGUGACAGGAUGGGAUGAAGAUACGGUCAAGAAUGAAGCAGAAAGGCUUUCGCAGGUCUUUUGGGAUGCGCAUGAGGAUUUUGACUUUGUCGGUCCCACAGGCUCAUUUGAUGAAUGCGUCGACGCAGCAAUGGAAUCCAAGAAGCAUCCGUUCUUUAUCAGCGAUUCAGGAGACAACCCAACUGCUGGUGGAAGCGGGGAUAUGACCUGGGGCUUGAUACGCUUACUGGCUCGUUCUGAGUUCAAGCAAUCUUUCGGCCCGACGGUAAUCUAUGCCAGUGUCCCCGGAGCCAAAGCAGUCCGCACCUGCGUCGAUGCAGGGAUAGGUGCAACUGUCACCGUAACUGCGGGCGCUGAGGUGGACAAUAUCCACUCAGGGCCACUCACCAUGACAGGGCGAGUGCAUGCCAUCAAACGUGGAGACAGAGAUGCCCGAAUUGAAGUUGUCUUGCAAGUGGGCAGUGUCUUUACCAUCCUAACAGCACUCCGUAAGCCAUACCACCAUGAGCAGGACUUUAUCGACCUCGACCUCAAGCCUCGAGAAGCAGAUAUUGUCAUCGUCAAAAUUGGUUAUCUGGAACCAGAAUUGCACAACAUGGCGGCUGAUUGGAGACUUGCCCUUUCGCCUGGUGGCGUGGAUCAAGAUCUGAAACGGCUUGGACACACCCGCAUUCACAGACCAAUGUAUCCUUUCGACGACUUCAACGAAACGCCUAGCCUUUCAGCAAGCAUCAUCCCAGCCUCAUAUGAACCGCUACUUGGACCAGAGCGAUGA